GAAUUGAACAAUUAACGCUGAAAGAGAAAAAAAAUGGAGAAAAAUAAAUACUAACACUCUUCAGUAGCUUGAAUUGAGAUCUUCGUCUUCUUCCUCGCAAAUUCCUAUAUUUUCCCUUUUUUCUGUGUAUUGUUUCUACAUAUUUCGCAUUUAAUUCUCUCAUACUAAUUCUAAUUUCAUUUUUCCAUUUCCUUUUACAAAGAGAACAAAUCACCUAUCGAGAAAGAGAGAGAGAGUUGGAAAAGGGGGGAGAGAGGGGGGAAAUGGUGUUAAGAGGAGGCAUUCAGUGCGAUCUAAUGUUGGCUAAUGGAAGAAAAAUACCAAUGAUUUUUGUGCUGUUGCUGCUGAUUUUAGUGAGUGAAAACGGAGUGAGAGCGUCGAUCCACGAGUAUAAGAAUGAAGCUUUCAUCCCUCGUUUCAAUUCCUUCUUCUUUCACGGCGGCAGUGAAGGGCUCUAUGCUUCUAAGGUUCUCGACCCUCCCAAAAAUACGCCCACUGAUGAUAAUAGUAAACCCCUCAAUGGAAAAUCAUUUAUCAGGUUUGAAUCUGUCACGUUUAGGAGACCUACAGAGGUUGCCCAAAAGCAGAACGAUUAUCAGCAGAGUACUGGAGUGGUAGAGGCGAUUAUAGUUGAGGUUAAAGACAGUGAUAAGAUAGGAAGAGCAUAUAUGAACUCCAACGCAAUAUGUUGCAAUCGUACACUUGCGAAGGAAGGGGUCUGCAAGGUUGGUGAGGUCAUUAUCCGUAAUUCUCCUGAUAACCCGGAGUGGCCAAAGAGGCUUCAGGUUUCAUUUGAGGGCAUCAAUGAAGAGGCUAAGAUGGACAUCCAAACUGUUGAGAUUAACAAAACUGGUAUGUACUUCCUAUAUUUUUUGGUCUGUGACCCAGAGCUGAGGGGCACAUUAAUCAGUGGAAGAACUGUCUGGAGAAACCCAGAAGGUUAUCUGCCUGGGAAAAUGGCACCAAUGAUGACAUUUUAUGGUUUUAUGUCUCUUGCAUACCUUAUUCUUGGUCUCUUGUGGUUUCUGCGGUUUGUCCAACAGUGGAAAGAUAUAAUUCAACUGCAUUACCAAAUCACUGCUGUGAUUGGUCUAGGAAUGUGUGAAAUGGCUCUUUGGUACUUUGAAUAUGCAAACUUCAAUGCCACUGGCAGCAGACCAAUUGGGAUUACGCUAUGGGCAGUUACAUUCACUGCUAUAAAGAAAACAGUCUCCCGCCUUCUGCUGCUCGUGGUGUCAAUGGGUUAUGGUGUUAUGAGACCAACCUUAGGAGGAAUAACUGCCAAAGUAACUCUUCUCGGCAUGGUUUAUUUCAUGGCAUCAGAAGCGCUGGAGCUUGUUGAACACUUGGGAAAUAUCAAUGACUUUGCUGGAAAAACCAGGCUCUUUUUGGUACUACCAGUAGCACUUCUAGAUGCAUGCUUUAUCGUUUGGAUAUUUUCUUCAUUAUCCAAAACAUUGGAGAAGCUCCAGAUACGGAGAAGCAUGGCAAAGCUUGAGCUUUAUAGAAAGUUCACCAAUUCUCUGGCAAUAUCCAUUCUGCUCUCGGUAGCUUGGAUUGGCUACGAGUUGUAUUUCAAUGCCAGUGACCCCCUUAGUGAAUCGUGGCGAAGAGCGUGGAUUAUCCCAGCUUUCUGGACUUUGCUUGCCUUCAUCUUGUUGGUAGUCAUAUGCAUCCUUUUUGCCCCUUCUAAUAACCCUACCAGGUAUGCACAUGAGACUGGUGAAGACGACGAAGAAGGCAUAUCACUGACCGGUGCUGGAGUCGUAGUGGGUGGAGAGUUGGCAUCGAAAGUUGAAAGGAAAGAAAGGAAGGCGUCGAUCACAUCGGAUCAUGUUUUCGGUUUAGGGGAAGAUGUUGAGGAAGACAAAAGAGAAUGAUGAUGGCAGCUUAUGGUUAUAUGUGCAUAUACCUACAACAAAACAUCCACUCUCUGUAAACACUACUCAACUAACUGAAUUUAUACAAUCUAAUAAACUUUGCAAACAAAAAUUCCUUAUCUUGUGUUUUUUUUUUUUCUGAAAGUUUAUAAUGGGUCUUUUCUGUCAACCAAAAAUGUGGUGUAAAACAGUGAAGAUGUUCUUUUUUUUAUAAUUACCAAGAGUAUUCACCGGUGGGGCCAGUAAUUAUUCCCCGCGCUGAUUUGUAGGUACUUCUUCAAUGGGCGAGACAAUUGGCCCAAAGAUUUAAGGCUACUCUGGGUUAUUUUUUGAUAAAUAUACAAACUUUGAAUAAUUUUUAGUUUUUCUCUUAGAACUUUUAUUUUGAAUAUAAAAAUAUAGAAUUUUGAUUUUCUCUUAUUUUUCCAUGAAAUUAACUUUUCUUUAAAUUGAAGCUGACGUGUUCGUUAGCCUAUCAAUUAAAACCGCUUGACCCAAAAAAUCGAUUUAGUAAUAAAUUAAGCUCUAUUUUUCAUUACUUCUAUACUAAGAUUUACUAAUUUCUCAUGUAUUCAUUAAUAAUAGGGGCCCAAUUCACGCGUCUCGAUUUAUAUAUACCACCUUUUCAUUUACACUAGUUUUCACAUGAAUCCCAUAAAAAUCUUAUCUAGAUCUACAAGAACUUCACAAGGAAAAUAGCUCACUUUGAGAAAAAAACUAGGUUGAUUUUGAAGCAAAAAUGGGACAUCACCACCACGACCACCACAGCCACCACGGCCAUGAAAAUCCACUGGUGGCUUGUUGUUGCUGCCCUUGCAUCCUAGUUGCAUCCGUGUUCAAAAUGAUCGGACAGUGCGUGUUCGUCGCAUGCUAUCCUUUGCUUCGGUGCUUCGGUUUCGAUGAGCACGGCCACCACCACCACCACCACGGCCAUCACCAACAUUUUUACUGAUUAUCUUUACUAUGUUGAUGUUUAAGAUGAUGUUUGCUACAAUAUUUCAUAUUUGAUUAUGUUAGGUUUAUGAAAGUUUUCUUUGUUUGAUUGUGGAGAAAACAAAAGAGAUCACUUGUUUCCAUUACUUAAUUAUUUGUUUCUUUA